GAGAUAUUUGGCGCAGUAUUCUCAUGAAAGAUUCACCAGUACGGUACAGCCUGGUAUCUCAAGCUCUUUAACCAACAUAAAAGGAUGGGCUCUCUCCCGCAUACAAUUUUACUUUCUACCAACACAACAUCAGAACAAACACCCAGAUUCUCAACGCAAGCAAGCACCACGCCUCUCUGUCUCUUUUUACCUCGAUACAUCCCCCAUCUACAGUAGGUGAAAAGAAACUUCUUUUAAGGAGCAAAGAACUGACACUACUUCAGCUCAAAUCAAAACCAAAACUCCGACACCUACUAUCCAACUUCAACAUGCUCUUCCUUAAUACAAGCAGAAUCAUGCUAAUGAUAGUUGGACUUCUCUCACUCCUAUUGGUCACUGCCCCAAUCGUCAACGCAACCCCAAUUGUCUCCAAGGCAGUUGAUAUCAAGGCUCUUGACGGAACGAUCGAGGCUCGUGAUGGAGGAAUCGUUGAGACUCGUGAUGGAACACUCGCUCGUCGAGGAGAUCUUUGCCAUCAUGCUGACGAUGGCUAUUGCACCAUAGCCGUCACAGUCACACGUGCAGCUCUUAAUGCGGGAAUUGAGAAUGAUAUGGUUUACCUUUUCGAUAAUUCUUGCCGUCCAAUUGGAGGCAUGUUUUCGGGCCAAAACAUUAAUAUGGCCAGUCAGCUUCCAUACAAGAUUAUCGGUCACAUGGCAUUUGAGAACAAACGUCUUACUGCCUUCCCCGAUUUUUGCUAUGCGGGUAGAUGUACCACUGCGUACAAUGGUUGCUGGAUUCAUGCCGAUAUUGGCGAUUUCCAAUGGGUCAAUCGUUGUCAGUUCCGCUGCAAUUAACCACAACUCUGUUCGCCGAAUACACGAAUGAUUCAGCAAUGGUGAGGGGAACGUAGGAAAACUGUAUCAAUCGAGGUGGGUGAUCAACUGAUCAGAAAAGCUGAUCAAUCAGCAUCGCUGGCAGAUUGGCAUAGGAAUUGCUUUUUGUAUGGGGUUGAUAGCUUAUUCUGAUUUCGGGUGUUUCUUUUCUUAUCUGAUGGCAGGUCUGACAUCUUAGAAAGUUUGGCGUCUGGUAUCAAUGAUUGAUUUGGUUUCGCAUUUUGAGGAGCUCAAGCUUUUUAGCGUCGGAGCUUAGAUGUAGCGGAUCGGCUGAUGAGCGGAUAGGCGCUUCUCAAGGUGAAAACCUAUCUAGACUCGAAGGAGCUACGAACAGAUCAAUGAUAAAGAUAAUACGUCA